UUUUGUUGUUUGUGAGUAUUUUUUUAGUUAUAUCAUUUUGGUUGGAUGCUUAUAUUGAACUAUAAAAUAUAAAGUCAUUUUCUACCUGACAGACCUUUCAGCUUUCGACCGUUCAGCCGGUUUAUAUUGAUAUAGCUUUGCCACCUUUCAGCCCGCUGCUCAUGGCGUUGAUGCUGAUAGGAAAGGAUAGUAGCUUUUCUGUCUCUAGUGUACAGCAAAUAAACCGCAAUUGCCCGAAAGGAGUGAAGUUUUGGGAAGAAGCCAAAAGCAACUAGUUAUUCUAGAAAACAUGUCACAAAAAUCUCUGACUGAAUUCUUCCAUCCAAGAAAGAGGCAGAGACCAGAGACAUUAAAGAAUGAGCCAGCUAAAUCUGUCUUAUCUAAAGGACUAGAUGCGCCUGUGAAAAAGGCAAAGCGAUUGAAGAGGGAUAUUGCUGAACCUAGUUCAGCAGGGAAUGGGGUGCAGUUCCACAUGAGCAAAGAGCAGGUUUUGAAAUCCUUGAAAAGUCAGAGUGAUGUGGAUUCCCACUCAAAGUCACCUGCCAAACAUGCCCAUCUUGUCAGACUCAAAGAAAAACUGACUGAUUUCAAGACUGCCUCUCAGACCCUCAGGGACUUCAAAGCUGGCAGUGAUGCUCUGGGUGCAACAAAAACUGAUUGUGGUGUGUUUUCGGCACAAGAACCAAAAGCUACAAGUGCCUCGAGGCCACACAACUCGACUCAAACAUUUGUGACAGCAAAGAGCGUUCAACGCAACUUGUUUGGAGGAUCAGAUGAUAAGCCUGCACCACAGAAAGAAAAACUCGCUGAUAGUGCACCAAGACCGGGAGUGGCUCCGGGUAUGUCGCCGCAGAAGAUGAAGGAAUCGCUGAUGAAGUGCAACAACAUCGGUCAGCUGAAGGAGCGGCUCGCGGGCUACAAUAACGCUAAGCAGAAGCUGAAGGACUUUCAAGCCGCCAAGGAGACGCUCAGCGCCAAGGAUCAGAUUUCCAAGCCCAAACAGACGCUGGAGUUCGAGAUCACCAGCCCAGUGAAGACCCCCAAGAAGAGUAUCGCCAGUCCAUCCCCUAAGAAGACCCCGGCGUACGAGCGUUUCCAGCACCUUCUGCACGACACGCCCUCGACGCUCUCCCUGCCGUACAAGUACCGUUUCCUCAAGGAGGCGUUCCACUGCCUGGAUACUGUGGCCUCCUUCCUCCACAACAGGAAAGAGAUCAUCACAUUCAAGAAGCUGAAAUCGUCAGUGCAGGAGAUGCUCACCAAGAACUUCACCGAGGCUCAGCUGGCGCAGAUCAAGACGGUGUUUCCGUUUGCCUACAUCUUCAGGCGAGAGAAGAACCUGCCCAACCACAAGGUGACGCCCAACAACAAGAACAAGUGGCAGCUGACGGUGGAGGUCAACACAAACUACGAGUCCGACAUGAAGUCUCCGGCGCCGGCCGCCGAAUCGGUCGGCUCGGCGCCGCGGAGUUCGGUCGAAUACCGCAAACUCACGCCGGGAAUGCUGCUGCAGCGCGGGCGCAUCUUCCACGCGGCGCUGGUGGACCUGGUGCUGCAGCACCACCAGGAGUUUCUGCUGCAGCUGGACCCGCCCUUCACCGUGGAUCCUGCGCGCAUCACCCGCUGGCACCCGCAGUUCCCGCUGGAGGCGGUGCCCGACGUGCCGGCCGCCGAGCUGCCACAACCGCCGGCCGACGAGACGGGCGGCACGGCGCGCGAUGUCCUGGAGCGCGCCCGCCACAUCGUCUCCAAGUACCCCCACCUGCGCGAGACACUGGAGGCGGUGGCCGGCCCGGCGCCGGAGGCGGCCCCGUCCGAGCCCCAGCCCGGCCCCAGCGGCGCCCAGCCGGCCGCACCGCCGGCGGGCGCCGGACGGCUGCCGGCCGGACUGCUGGAGCGGAUCCGCGCGCGCGAGGCGGCACGUCAGCAGCGGCUGAUGACCCGGACCCCGGCCGAGAGCCGGCGGCUGAACAUGCUGGCCCGUCUGCCGCAGCUGGUGCGCAGCCUGCGCGCCACGUUUGUCACGGAGCGGCGCGCCGCGCUGCCGCUGGAGACGGUGAUGACGCGGCUGUCGGACAGCAGCCGCGGCCUUGCCGAGUGUGACGACCUCCGCAAACACGUGGAGCUACUGGCAGAGGAGGCGCCGCAGUUUGUGCAGAUCGUGCAGCUCAAGUUGGGCACCUUCGUGAAGCUGGUGAAGGACGUGGAUGUUAACGCUGUUGUGGCGUCGCUGGAGAAGAAGUUGGAAAAACAGUGAUAUUAUAGGGCUGACUCGUCAGCUGAUCAAGGCAAUGACACAAGCCUUUCGUGGACCAAGCCUUAUGUAGCCCUGGUCCACGUGGACUUUGGUCCGCGUGAUAGCCCGUUGAGCAGGGCUAUCACGCAUCGCAUUUCUCAAUUUAUUACUCUUUUUUUGUCACAUUCAUUUUCGGUGCCUGCCAUGGGUUCACCACACCAUACACGUCACCUACGACUAAUCUGCUAUGAAACCGGCCAUGCUCAAAUACAUCUGUAAUUUCGCA